AUGUAUGGAUUGGCAAAAGUUACAGAAGCUGAUCAUGAAAAAUUGGUAUCCGAGCUGACUGAAAAAUAUCUGCUUUUGAAGCAAAAAUCUCAAGCAAUGAAUGACAAUUCAAGGUACGAGAAUAAACUCAACAAAGCCAAACUCGAACUUGAAGCUCAAAACAAAAUUCUUCUCGAGCUUGAAGAAAAAUGUACGAGUCUCAGCUGCAAGCUUUUGGAUUUAUUCUUAAAAUUGUCUGCCAGUGAAAAAAAGCUUAAAAAACACCUGCUCGAAAAUGAUCCGAAUUCUAUAUUAGUUGAUUUUUACACAAAACUUUUGGGAUUAGACUCCACUUCUAUAAAACUCAUUCUUAAACCUAAAAGCCUCAUACCAAAUCAAUUUUUAAGACCCAAAAAAUAUUCUGCUGGUAUGUCUUUGAAUCCAUCACAACAAAGUCCUCAAGAUCCCGAAAAUUCGUCUCCAUCGCAUCACAAAACAUCCAAGAAUCCUGAACAUUCUGACAAGGCCCCGGAAGGUUCUAAUCUUGCGCACUCGUCAUCAAAGGAAACAUCUGUAGCCUCUUCUACUCGACCAUUUUUGGAUUUACGAAAAGCUUCUUUCAAACUUAAAAGUAAGACUAGAUCACUUUUGGGUCAGUCUCAAGAUGAAGAUCACGAACCAUUGAUUUGA